UACCUAUUGUUAAUUUUCCCACUCUGAUUUCUUUUUUGUCUCUCGCCUGGACCAGCCCAUCUCGCCCCUGAUUGGCCGCCUCUCUCCCCACGCCUGCCUUAUUACAGCCAGGCACUCCAAUUUGGUCACAUAAACAUGAGGAUACCGUCACCUCAGGGCGCACCGCAGUAACGUUGUGCAACUCUUUCAACUAUACCCACGAGAGUCAACUAGCCACCUCAGCCGUGCCAGUCGGACCUGUAUGGCCCCAUCGAUCGCCAUGUCAGCUUUGACCGCUGGUUUGAAAACCGAAGACUUCCCUCCCCGCUCGGUUCUUGUCAGCAGAGACGACAUGCAGACCAGCCUGAGCCCCGCAGAGGAGACUAUGAAACCCAAAGUUGCAAUUUUGCCCUUCAGCGUCGAGGCACUGAUGGCUGAUAGGAAACCCAGGCGAGAGGUGGAACCCCCGGAUGCCACGUCCGUUCCCGGGACGUCCCAGGCGCUCGGAAAGGGCGCAAGGAUGGGCUCUUUCGGCAGUCUGGAUACUUCAGUUCCUGCUUUAAACAUGAGCUCCACGUUUUCAGUGGGCGAGAUCAUGAACAUGCCAGAAGACGUGCUGAUUAAGCCCGAGAGUCCGGACAGUCAAGAGAGGACUUCAUGGAUACAGAGUCCUCGCUUUUCUCCCACACCUCCACGAAGGUUGAGUCCUCCUGCCUGUCCACUGCGAAAACACAAGACGAACAGAAAGCCCCGGACCCCCUUCACGACGUCCCAGCUGCUGGCCCUUGAAAGGAAGUUCCGCCAGAAGCAGUACCUUUCUAUCGCCGAGCGCGCAGAGUUCUCCAGUUCCCUCAACUUGACGGAGACCCAGGUCAAGAUCUGGUUUCAGAACAGGAGAGCCAAAGCUAAGCGGCUGCAGGAGGCCGAACUUGAAAAACUGAAAAUGGCAGCUAAGCCUAUGCUGCCUCCAGCUUUCGGGAUUUCCUUUCCUCUCGGUGCGCACAUCCCCGCGUCCUACCAAGGCUCGCACCCGUUCCAGAGGCACUCGCUGCCGGUUUCCCCCGUGGGACUGUACGCCGCUCACGUCGGAUACAGUAUGUACCACCUCGCUUGACGGGGACGGAGGACGAGGGGCACGUGCAGUAGCACACAAGGGGGUUUAGGCUACUUUCUGAGGGCCCCGAACGAGAGGGGGCCCUUUGGACAAGUGAGAUGAGAGUGUACUAAAUAAAGAGACAUCCUGGCGGUGAGCUCAGUGUCACAUCUUGUCAGGGGGCCAAGACCUCCAAACAGACCCCCUUCUGAGGACCUUGAAGUUUGUCCACUUCUCUUGACCUUGCCAGUAAGUUCACACACUGCAAAAAUAAUCCAGCUUUAUUAGUCAUUUAAUCUCGAGUCUUAAUCAGUUUUUGUCAGCGGACUUGGAAAUAAUUAUGCCAGUCAAGCACGUAUUGAUACUAGAAAUCUUCAGUUCAGAAAAAUAAUCUGAGCGUGAGACUAAAUGACUUUAAGAUGGACAUUUUUGCGGUGCAGAGGUGGAAAACAAUUCGUAGGCUUAUGACAUAUCACGAAUGGACAGUUAAGUAUGGCCACUAGGCUGUGCAAAAGUGUAUCAAAGAUAGCCCAUUCCUCUACCUUCAUGGCUGCUUACAGCCAGGUAAAAGGCUAUUACAACGGCUUCUGUGAGUAAGUCAGAGACUGCUGCGCCGCUUGACAAACAUAAGCUGGGCUUCCAUCGCAUCUGUGGGCUGCUGUCACGCUGCAGAAACCAUACUUUUCAUAUCAACGCGUCACUACAGUGGGUUACUGAAUCCAGUGUCAAUGAAUGCUCUUUGCGAAUUUGGAGAACCACAGCAUUUGUUUUUUAUAACAGCACUGUCUGUUGGAGUGAUUCCCUUCGGAAGGGAUGUGUGUACUGUAAAAUAAUGUAUAUUUGAAGAAUAUCCUCAUUUAUUUUAUGAAUAUAUUUGUGACAUAACUUAACAAUAAAUUGUUUAUUCUUUUUCAUUAAGCAGUUUCGUUUUGACUGACACUUGCAGGGUGCCUGUAGCACCAAAAUGUGACUAUUGUGGUCGUUUUAUAAAGCCGGAGGAACCAAGCUUGGAAAAUAUUUCUUUUAAUGGUGUAAUGAAAACUUCAAGUAAUAGCCUACUUAAUAUUUUACAAUUCUAGAGGGAAGUUUAAGUCUUUGUGAGUUCUGUAAUUUCCUGGACAUAUCAUCUUAAGAUUAACAAGUUGGGGGUAAAAGCAGAAGGGAAUAAUUAUUAUCAGGCCUAAACCGUAUUAAAUAAUUAAAAAUAUGAAUAAUGAUCAGCUUGACGAGAGCAUAAUUGAAAUAUUAUGCCUUUUGGAAUGUCAGUGAGAUGGCCAAAGGCUUUAUGUGACACACACUAUAACAAUAUUGAGAAAAUAAUGCCCACCUUUUCAAUUUAUCGUCAGGUAUUCGAUAAUGAAACCAUUCAGGCUUGCGCUCCAGUAUAGGUAUAUGCACCCUUGCAAUGCUAGUGUGCACUGUGAAUUUAAACUUGUCAGAUGUUAUUUGGUGGAAUGUAUUGCCACAGCUGUUGCCUAUUGCUUUAAAAUAACUAACCUAGAUUUUGUUGGCGCCAGAAGAUUUUAGGGGGUGGGAAUUGGGGGACAACCAGUUGUGCUGACUUCAAAACACACCGACAAAUAUUGGAGAUAAAUGCUUGUAAACAAUCCACCAGAGUGUCAUUACUGAGUGUUUAGGGUGUAAAAUGAGCCAAGUGACACCCCAUUAUGGAGAAGACAGGGUGUUAAAACCAGUAUGCCACUCCUCAUAUGAACAUAUUACCUUACUGGAACACAUAGCCUAAAGCAAAUAUGUUAUCCUUCGGUUGAACGCUGGAGUCAUUUUCUGCCAUCAGGAAGACUUAAAUGGCAAAACAGGCAACAGACAAGGGGAAAUUACAGGCCCCUCCGCAGCAGGUUUUAAAUGCUUUCUCUCGAGUUCUCUGCCAUUCAGGCAGGGGUUAAAUUGGAGUAAAAUAAUUGCUGUAAUGAGCAAAGAAGGCAAUCUGCCGCAGACGGAGGCCGGCUCCAGCCAGGCUGUAGCUCCAGGCGAGGCGGAACUUUUAUCAUUCCUAAAAUGUCAACGGGGGACUGGGACGGGCAACACUUCUCCUCUCUGUGCUGUGAUUUUUUGCUCCUCAGCGCUGACAGGCUGCUGUCCUAAACAAGGGCCCAAAUGUAGGCAUUUAUUGAGCUAUUUCUCAAGAAUCACAACACGCUUUUAAUCUCCCACCCAAUCUUGCCACAUCUUUUAGUAUCAAAUGAAUUACACGUUUAUUCUUGGAGUUUAUUUUAUGGUGGAUGUUGCCUGACUAAAGGCCAGAUAGUCUAUUUUUUAUUUAUUUAGUUGGUGUGUUUUCCUCUGACAAUCUCUGCUCCAUUUUAUCCACGAGGCAUAAAUUAAUAGCUACAGAACCCCUGACAAUAAGUUGAAAUCACACGGAUGGACGCUCAGUCUGAAAAGAGUUGAAACUUGACACAAAAGAACCAAAGGGGAUCCGUUCAUUCUUUCAACUCUUUCAUUCUUUUGUCCCCGGCUCUCCGUAUCUUGCCAGAAGCCAAAGAGAAAACAAAACUCACUAGUUUAUAUCAUCCAAAAGAUCACAGGAGGCUGUUUGACUCUGCAGUAAAAAAAAAUCCAUUGAUCACUGAUCCCCAAGAAAGGAAAAUGGGUUAUUAGAAGUCGCCUAGACAGCUUGGUUAAAUGUUUAUUAAAGCAGAGAAGUCAGUGGAAAAGACCUUUAACCUUUAUUCAGUUGAGACAUAUAGACUAUGUGACUUUUUAUAAACUGAAUUAACACAGGCUAUUACAGUUCGUCGAGUUAUAUGUGUUUAUUCCUUAACAAAGACUGUUACAAGUGGACCCACUACCCAGGUUUUUAUUGCGACAUAGCCUAUUAGGCUAAACCAGAGUAAAUUACAAAUCUAGGCUCACGUUGAUUUUCUUCAGUCAAAACUGCUGGUUGCUUCCUUUAUGAUCUCUGCGGAAACAGUCUGCCCAAAUGCAGUCUCUAUUUACCGCCAUACUCUAAUUACCCUCUAUGAUACCUGAUUAAUGAAGCAAUUAGAUUUGACCAUAUUUAAUUUGACACGUUUCAUGGGAGUUGCUGUUUUAAGUGUAUUCAUGUCAUUUGGUUCUUUACAAAUUCGCAACAAAUGUCUGCUCAUGACUUUUUUGUGAGAAAUAAUAUGUCAAUACAUGUUGGCCUGGCUGAGUAUAAAAGGGUCAUCAGGUGCUGUGAAUUCAUUCAAAAUAUUAGACAAGGUGUUGCAAGACAUUAGCCUUAAGGCCUUAACAUGUCCAUUACAACCACUUGAAAUGUGGGGAAAAUAGAUCUUAAACUAGUCUCCAGUCCUUGUAACUUUCUCUGUAUCUCCCAGAUACCAAACCACCACCUUCUGUUCAGAGUCGGAGUAACAUUAAAAAGGCUCGUUCUUUUCGAUCAAAAAGUAUAACGUUUUAAACUAAACUGAAUUCAACAAAAACUAGCUUUAUAAAAUAAUAUUUUAGUGUCAUUGCCAGAAGAAUCUUCUUUGAAUAGCCUGUUGGCUUUGGGCCUUUUCAGAAAAAUGUGGUGCAGGAGUGACUAAACUAGGCUAUAAUCAUAAUAAUGUUUUAUCUAAUAAUAAAUACUUUUUUUUUUUUAAAUUUUGCUGUUUCACCUUCAUUAUGGCUUCUUUCUUGAAGCAUGUAUCCAGUUGUCUGCUUACUAUGAAAUGUCUUUUUCUGUUCAUGUAAAAAAAAGUUAAAAGCAAAAGGCACAUUUUCGAUUAAAUUAGCCUACUCAUCUGUUUUUCACAACAUGUGAACUCUGAGUCCUGGAUAUGAGAGAAGAUCUUGGCUAAAAUAAAGGCAUUAGGACGCAAGGAAAAUAUUUAUAUUUAACUAUAGCCUAUAGAUUAAUAGAAUGGCAGACUAUGUCCUUGCUCUGCAAAGUAGCCUACAAUGCGGUGGGAGUCCUCAGUCACUCAGAGCCACGUGCUGUAAAUACUGUUAACAAUGCAGCAAGAACACUAUAAAUCAGUGUUACCAGCAGACACAGCCAUCAUCACCAAUUUCUUGCGGCUGCCAAUACACCAAAAAUACCUAUAAAAUCAAUCUCUUGCAGAAAACCACAUGUUCUCUAGGUAACGAAACAGAAAUAUUACAGCCAAGACAUAUGUAAAGAAAUGAAAUGCAAUAAGCUCACCAUGAAGUAGCCUAAGUAUUGAGACUGCCACACAGUAAAAGUCAAUAUUAAAGGAAAGAUAUAGUCCUAAAUAGGCCUACAUAAUUGAGCUGGACUUUUUAGAGCCACGGAUGACUAUUUAGCUAUGCUGACAGUCAAGCAGAUGAAUAAUACAUUUUGAAUUGCUUGCUUAUACAAUUUAUCACUACCUUGUCUUAAUGAGUUAGGCUGUAGGCCUACCGCCCAUGUUGAUGAAAGCAGCUUACAAGCAGAGCUAAGCUACAUAGUUAGAACGGAUUAAUUAAGCUAAUGAAGAACAAAGAUGAUAUAGCCUAGCCUUAAUUUUGUGGUUAUAGCCUAUCCUCAAGUGUCCGCUGUCCUACUUGCCUUGAAAGGUUUUGAUUGACCUACGUUCAUGACCAGAUUUUGGCCACUUACACUGAAGGCUGAAGUUGUGAACCUCCGAGAUACCAACAGAGUGAUCCCCUCUGACUGACUGUUAAUGGCUGUUCGGUCCUUCUUCACAGACUCCGGUGACCCUUCACUGAAUAAUUACUUCAGCGUGUUAAAUCAGUGGAACAACUGUGCGUUUGUAAGGUACAUUUACUGCUGACAGGAGGGAAAGCUAAUAUGUGAGAGUUUUGAAUCUCACUGGUUGAACACUAACACGCCCCAUAUCCACAUUUACUGAGCAGCAUACAAUAGUGAGGAGAGUGUGCCAAUCGCCUAUUGGAAAUUAAGGGGGAAACAUUUUCUUAUGUGGCCUAAUGAGGCAGCAUUUCUUUUUAAGAUGCAAUAAAAGUGCUAAAUGUGAUGGAAAAUUGCCUGACCCCCCCAUAAACAAAAGUGAAUCAAAACUGCAUCACCGUCCCUUUAAUGAUCCUUUAAUUAAUAGGUUUCUGAUAUGUCCUUUACAAGGCAAUUUAGCUAAUUCAACAAAGCAGAGAACGAUUACUGUCACCCCCCGGCAAAGUUGUUUUUUUUUUUUAUUGUGCAGCAUUUAGCAUCUUUCCUGCAGUGUCGCAGAACAUUAAAAUUGUUAAAUUACCUGGCCGCCAGCGAUUUAUAUGUUCUGUUCUCGUUUUGCCUUAAUGCUAGAAAAUCACGUGGAUUCUGCGGCCCUCUAAUGAUGAUCAACAAGCGCAGCAAUUAAGCUUUAUAACCGCACUGUGGGCUGAUUUCUUAACGAGCCACAUGCGGCUGACUAACAUUUAAGUUUUUGCAGGGUUGGUUAAUUAGCAGUGAGGGGUUCAGACCUGAUGGUUCAGAAGUGCAAGAACUUGAUUCUUGGCGCAUAAAAGAAAAACUUGCUUAUUGCAACAUGGGCCAAGCUCAAACUUAAACUGCAGGCUGUUAAAUGAUAAUAAAAUGAUUGUGAUGUGUUGUAAGAUUCUCAA